AUGGCCAGUUCUCUUGACGCCUCAAUGGUUCCCUCUCUCCACGUCUCUGGUUUAUUUCUCGAUUUCAGCAAGUCGGCAAAGCAUGUAGAGUCUGCUCAAGUACGGGUCGGCAAGUUGCACAUGCCGGUUGAGCACGGAGAAGGAAAGACUUUGCAACAGACAUUUUCCUCGCCCAUCAAGCUUUCUACUGGGGAUUCAUUUUCUUUACAUGUAUGCCACAGCGUGACAUGGUUUGGAAUAAAGGCCGUUGAAGACAUUCGGUUCGAUACCAAAGAGAUCUUCCGCCUAUUUGGUUCAAGUGGAGAACCCGAUACACGAGAAUACGUCAAGACUCACAAAAAAUUCACAAUCACCGUCAAGCUUUCCAGGAAUACGGGUACCGAAUCUGUCCCUUCUUCCGGCGAACACCUGGAGCUUCAGCCCACCACUGACGAAAUCAUUCGGAUCUGUCCACGGUUCCGAAUUCUGGUGAUAGGAAAUACCGGCGUUGGCAAGACUUCACUGAUCAAUCACGCUUUCGGAGUGGAGAAAGCGACCAUUUCGCACAACAUGCCAGGCGAGGCCACCAUCGACCACGAGUUCAUCUCAAAGCAAAAUGAUAGAUUCGUUCUUCAUGAUAGCAAAGGGUUUGAACCAGGGGGGAAAGACAACUUCGACAUGGUCAGGGGCUUUAUUGAGCGUCGGAGAAAAAUGCCUGAUUUGAAAGAUCAGCUGCACGCUGUUUGGAUUUGCUUUGAAAUACCCUAUGCGGGCAGGCGUCUACUGGAGACUGCCACAGAGGAAUUCCUCACAUUGAAGCGCGAUGAAAAGUUAGGGAAAAUCCCCCUCGUCAUCGUUCUCACUAAAUACGAUAUGCUCAUCGACCGCGUGAAUCGUACUCUGGAUGACUCCUCGAUUGCAGGAUUGAGCGAGGAUGCCAUCAAGGAAUUUAUCAAGAACAAAGCAGAGACUGAACUACAAGAUGUCUGCUUCGGACCCCUUAAGAAAUUUGCAGGGUCUGAUAUACCAUGCGCGGUGAUCUCUACUAAAGUCAAGUAUGAGGAGAAGAUGGCUCAUCUGAUCCAGGAGACCGAAAAACGUGUCCGCGAGCAUGUUGCGAGCGAGGCGUCGGUGAUGACCUCCAUCGCUCAGCGAGUGGAUCCUGGCCUCAACAUUCAGGCAUCGAUCGACGUUGGCAAGAGAAAAUACUGGAAGGCACUCGCAUCAAGCUCAACAUUCAAGGGCCAUUCGAUGUGGGACUGUCUACAUGUGCUUCAUGCAGACAUCGUUGCUGUAUGGAACUUCCAAGACCCUCAUGGGUACUUGGACAGCCCAGAGUUCAGGACGUUGAUGGCGAACAUGGUCGAUGGGCUAGAUGUCGGACCCACCGUUGACCCAACCAAGAACGUUGCAUUCGGGCUCUCCAUUGUGGGUACUAUUGCGGGCAUCUUGGCUGCCCUGGCCGGACCUGCGGCUCCCAUCGUAGUGCCAAUAGUGGCAAGUGUUGUGAUCGCGAAGUGGGUUUACGAGGUGUAUCAGCAGUCCCGCGCAGCGUUUCAGCGCUUCAUGAAAUACAUUAUCGACUUGACUCUUGUCUUGCAGACACUAUAUCUUGUGUCGCAAAACCAUGAACUGACUCGUAGGGCCAUCAAGCUCGCGAUCAAGUCCUACCAUGAGUCACCAACGAGCGGAGUAGUCCAUACUCAGAUUCAGGAUUUUGAUAGGAAAUCAACCUUCCUGGAACGCGCAGACCGCGAUUCGCUGGAUCGCUUCGUUGAGCUGAUACGAUCAUAUGUCAUCAGUGCAGAAGAAAUGUCACGUCUUCGGGUACAUAUUCCGGCUGUGGGUUCAUCACCGGAUGAACCAUGGGAAGACGAGAAGGUGUAG